AUGAAUGCUGUUGGUGUAGAUAAUGCAGUUUGGUGCAGUUGUGUCGCAUAUUUUGCUAUGAAGAAAUUAAAUCAAGAGAUAAUGUUCUCAGAAUAUCAAUAUCAAAUCAUUCAACCGUUAGUACUAAGCGCAAGAAUUUUUGGUCUCUGUCCAAUCGUGUUCGCAAAAAUCGGAAAGUUUUAUGAAGCAAAGUACUCAAAGGUUUUAGUUCUUUAUAGUUAUACUAUUGUAGUAUCAAUUGGUAUUGGAACUAUUCUGGGUGUUCACGCAGAUGCCACUUGCGGAACAUGCACCAUAAGAAUGCGAAAAAAUAAAACAUUAUUUAUAUCAGCUUGUGAUAUAGCUAUUGUGAUUAUUAUAGCUUUAUACGGAAUAUUGGCCAUUCCAUACAGAAUGCGAACAUUUAUCAAGUUACUGGAUAUAUGGACUAAGAUCGACAACGUUAUACCAAUAUCAAACCACCAGAAGUACAGGAAGAAGUCGAUCGUUUUUCUAUUAACAACUUUGUUAAAUUUCACUGCGUUAUUUCUUUUCGAUAUCAUAUUUUAUUGUUUUCCAAAAGGAAUUACUAUUACCAUGCGUGGAAUGGUAGACAGAUCCAUAUUCUACUUGAAAAAGUACACAACUUAUUACUUACUGUACUAUAUAAUAGUAUUUCAAGAAAUUUUCUAUUGGCAUCUGAUAUCUUAUAUUCACAUUCGAAUGUCCAGUUUAAAUAGGAAUUUGAGGAAAGAGAAACAGGCGAUUUCAUGUUUGUUUAGGAAGAUCUUUACUAUUCGACAAAAAUCAACAAUAAUUGUUAACAAAAUCGAGCUCAAAUCGAACGAAUCUCUUAAAUUUGAAAGAAACAUAGCAGACAGAAUGAUAGAACUAUUAACGGUAUAUGGAAGAAUUAGAGAAUCCGUUGAAAUUGUCAAUUCAACUGCGUCUUAUGGAGUUGUAUUGUUAAUAUUAAGCUGUUUACUUCAUUUGAUUGUGACCCCGUACUUUUUAUUGAUUGAAAUAAUCAAAGCAAGAAGUAAUAUGUUUAUUGGCUUACAAGCGUUAUGGCUAGCUGCACAUAUUGGUAGGCUGCUCAUUAUGGUUGAACCAUGCCAGAAAUGUUUAAAUGAGGUAUAA